UUCCGGGAACUGGCUGCUCAACGGAUCGCAUUUCCACCCGUGCACAAUUGACGGUAACACGGACGAAACAUGGCGAGCCACCUUCGCUUCGUCGCUCGGACUGUCAUGGUCCAGAACGGCAAUGUCGAUGCGGCAUAUGGCGCGCUGAGCAGAGUGCUGUCUUCUGAUGGAAUAAUUGAAUCUGUGAAGCGUAGAAGAUACUAUGAGAAACCCUGUCGUAAGCGAGAGAGAAAGAGCUACGAGAACUGUAAGAGAAUCUACAACAGUGAGAUGGCCAGAAAAAUAUCUUUCGUAUCAAGGACACAAAGACAAGAUCCAUGGGUUGGAUGUUAAGAUGACAAACUGACUGUUCAUGUUGACCCACACGUGAGUCAGGCACAGUGAUCUGCCUCACAAAAUAAAGAUCCACUGGAACAUUUUACAUGUUCACCAUCAAAAAAUCAUUGCAGGACUGUGUUCUGUCUUAACCUUAUUUCCAUUUUGGAUGUUGAGAUAUUGUUGACUUAACAUAUUGUCUAUAAAUUGUUGUAUGUUGGUAAUAAUAAAAAGCGUAAGAACUUUUCCAUUAUUUACAAUAGGUGCAUUGUCAAAAAAAUAUACAUUUGUGUUUUAUUGGCUGUAAAAAGUAUAUUUUCUGAACAUUUGAAAACUGAUAGCAAUUAAAAUGUGCACAUUGAGCAAAGUUUUAAGUAGUAAAUGAAUUCAAAUAAAAGGUAAACAUUUUAAAACAUGCACAGCAGGAAUGAAGUGGGGACAGAUUAAGCGUAGUCACACUUUAAUCUGAUCUUUUCUUCAUGCUAACAUUUUGAAAAUGCAAAAAUUUAGUACUUUAUCCGGUGCACCUUUUACAAGAUACACAUUUUUCCAUCAGUGGAAAAUGGGCUAU